GUCAAUACAUGAGCCUAUCCCCUACGAAUCCCGAUGGCUGAUUUUGUGCACAAAGGCAUGCGCAGCGGGCCGUGGCUGAUUCGUUUGUAACCCAGACGUCGAGACGCGACCGCUUUCCCACGGGUUUUCUUUGUUCUUCUUGCACGACGGUUCGGUCUCCUGCUCGCCCAGCGUUACAGAUACCCAACAUCCCGCAUCUAUUUCUUGAAAAUAGGAAUGGACAAUCCGCAGUUUUAUCAGCCCCUGUCGCACGCUCUUCAUCCUCCCCUCGCUGCCCACCACUCCCCUCAGCAACCACAAUACGCAGCCUACGGUGCACAUGCACACACAGCUGCCUCCAAUGGUGUCGGUCACACCAAUCGGGAGGAGGAAGAGGAGGAGGAUGACGAGGAGGACGUUGUAGAGGACGAACUCGACCGCAACGACCCGGAUCAUUCGCAGCAUCCUACUCAUUCACCACACCAUGCUGCACAGUCGGCGUCCGCUGCUGCUGCUAUGUCUGCCUCCACUGUCAACAGGCAGGAAGUAGUGCUGCAAGCACAAAGCCAGUCCGGCGCUGACGGUGAUGAUGCCGCAAAGCGCAAACCCGGGCGACCAAGGGGCUCUCGCAAUCGCAAACCCAAGACGGCCAAUGUCACCCCGCCAGCCCCGAAGGCGCCAUUGAACUCCCAUCACCCUGGAUUCUACCAGUAUCCACCCGCCCCAGCUAGCGCAGUGAACCCGAAUCAGCAGUUCUACGAAUUCCAAUGGCGUGCGUUGAACCUAUGCUCAGAGUUCUACAAUGCUGCAGAGGAACUUGUCAAAGCUGCGUCCCCUGUAGUCAUCUCGCAAUGCUAUCAAAUGGGCCCUGGUGCGCGAAUCGACCCCUUAGCCAUGAUCGCGGACGCGAAACGUGUCUGCGAUAACCUUCUCGCCAACCCCAGUCAGCUCGUCGGGCAGCAACCACCACCAGCGUAUCCUUAUCCGUCGUCCUACUCUACCCCUUAUGUGCCUCCCGCCCCGCCAGCCACGACUGCUUCCCCUUCCAACAGCAGCACACCAGCUAGUGGGUCUGUUAUUACCAAUCCUCAGUCGUUCGUGAUGCCUCUAGGUACCAGCAUGCCACCGCCUGCGCACGCUGCACCGAAUCCCUACUACUCUGGGGUCUACGCGGCAGCACGCUACCCGACGGCCCCGUAUUACUCAUAUCCCACGCAACCACACGCGUCGUAUUAUCCUCCUCCAGCUACCCCAGCUCCAGCGAGUGCCCCAGCGAGUGCGGCACCAAGCGCUCCUGCACCUACCGCUGCGGCACCUGCCUCUAGUACUUCUACCUUCAGUGCAGCGCAGCCAUCUGCUUCGGCGUCCUCUUCCUCAGUGGGGCAACAGGGUUCGUGGUCUGCAGAGGAGGAAGACCGCUUAAGGAGGCUUGCAGAACAGAGCAGGGAACAGGGCGGACCGCAGAACAAGGGUGAGAUCGAAUGGGACUGGGUGGUACAACAAUGGGGAAACAGCAGGACGAGGCAUCAGAUUUUGCUGAGGGCUACGGCGCUCGGUCUGAAAGAGAGCACAACUCGUGCUACGAAGCGCAAGCGUGAGGCAGAGGCAGGCGCGAACGAGACGAAUGAUCACACACCAACACCCGCUUCUCACGCAGCUGCCAGCGCUGCACCAGCGGCCUCGACAAGUACUCAGAGUCACAAUGCCCACGUUCAGUCGGCACAUGUCCCAACGACACAUACGCAAAGCCGUAUGCAACCUACACUUGCACAACCCGCGCAUACUCAACAGGCUGUACAUAGCCAACCGUCGCAUAGUCAGCCACCGCAUGUGCAAACAUCUCACUCACAGCCUACGCACAGUCAGACGACAAUAGCACCGUCAGCGACGACGACCACUCCCGUAUCGACGCAUGCGUCUCCGGCAUUACCUCCGCAACGACCUCCGUCAUCCACCACGACGCCAGCUACCAUAGCCCCAGCGCGCACUACGACAAUUCCGUCGCCGGUGUCGUCAAAUCUGCCCUGGCCUAUGCCCACAGUGGCCGCGAAUACACCUUCGCCAGUCCUCACUGCCGCCCAAAUAGACCAGCGCAACACGUCUUAUUACCGCCCUCCCCCAACACAACGAGCGUCGUACGGCACGAGCGCCGGCACAUCGACGACGACCUCGUACGCUGCGGCGAGCGCGUCCAACACGACCCCAUAUGGCGCCGCCGCGACUUCGCGUCCGGCGUCGUCGCAUGGUAACGUCGCGGCCUCGCAUCCAUACAUGUAUCGCCCGGGCGUGAACGGGACAGGAAGGAGGGAUGGCGCGUAAGGGUGCCCUCGACAUGCGAGGGAUAACGAGCGAUGACGUCCUGCUGUUCGCAGGGAUUCGACUACCAACCGCGACCCGCCGGUGCCGUUCCACAUGCAGCCUUGGAAGUAGGAGUGGGCGAUGGCAUCCGCGGCGCGACUCAAGCCCAUCGGCGUCAGGGACCGAACGAAACGAAAUGACUGUGUACGAAAGGGGCUGGCCUCGGUCAAGCUCGUGUUGUACAAGUACCGUCUGGCAUGGGUCGCGCGAUUGGAUUCCCGUAAGAUAGGCGAUUUCUUUACCUCUGAUCUUUAUUGCCAUCAGCUUUCCCUGUCCAUAUUGCUUGCUAUACGUAGGCGCACACACGAAUGUACAGAGGAUAUACAUAGUAUGCAUUAUAACUAUCCCGCUAUGUACCAUCUC